AUGAACGAAGUUGGUGAGUUGCGGGUGUUGGUGGUGCGAGGAAAAGAAACAGAAGAAAAGAAGCUGCGCUUCUCUAAUGAAAAGACAGUAGGAGAGAUUGCAGCAGCAGCAGCAGCAGCAGCAGCAGCAGGGGUCCACGCCCAGCAGCACCACCACCAGCAGGAGCUACACCAGGAGCAGCAGCAGCAGCAUCAACAGCAGCAGCAGCAUCAACAGCAGCAGCAGCAGGAGCAUCAACAGCAGCAGCAGCAGGAGCACCAGCAGGAGCAGCAGCAGGAGCAGCAGCAGGAGCACCAGCAGGAGCACCAGCAACAGCAGCAACAGCAGCAGCAGCAAAACCAGCAGCAGCAGAAGCAGCGCAUGCAUUUUACUUUGUUGGACUCCUCUGGGCGUUUGCUGGACCCGCGGAAGACUCUGGCUGAGAACGGCGUGAAGCAGCAGCAGGAGCAGGAGCAGCAGCAGCUGGAGCAGCAGCAGCAGCAGCAGCAACUGCAGCAGCAGCUGCUGCUUGCAGCUGCGCCUCUCUGUCUCCCUCAGCUGAGACCUUCAUCUUCUUCAUCUCUCUCUCCUUUCUUGCUGCUGCCCCUACCCCAACCCCCGCCUCUUCGUCUUUGUCUAAUUCAGGCUGAUAAGGGCUUCACAGAUGUCCAUACACCCCUAAACCCUAAACCCUAA